AUGCCCGCCGCCCGCAUUGCUCCGGACCGCGACCCGCUCGCCGCCGCCCUCCGCCCCCCGAUCGACGAGACCGACGAGGAGAAGGCGGUCCGUGUCGCCAGCGAGGAGGCUGCAAAGCGCGUCAGCCACGCCAUAGACGAGGCCAUUCGUCUCGAGCGCCAGCAGCGCAAGAAGCACAAGCUCGUCCGUCUCCUUCUCCUGGGACAGAGUGAAUCAGGCAAAUCUACCACCCUUCGUCAGUUCCAAAGACUCUACACUCCAAACGCGUUUCGCGAGGAGCGUAUUUUAUGGCGCGCUGUCAUCCAGUUAAACAUCGUACGGUCCAUCCACAAUAUCCUCGACACCCUUACCGACAUUCGGAGACGAGACGUUUAUGAACCGUCGGUGUACACUUCUGACCCUGAUUCAGACUCAGAGUCGGAAAAUCAUGUCGCCCUUCCUCCCCACCUCGAAGAGCUCCGGAGACGCCUCUACCCUCUGCGACACGUCGAGUCCCUGCUCAUCGCCAAAUUGUGUCCCCCAAACGACUCGGAAGCGACCACACUCGGGUAUGGUGGCAGCAAUAGUGUCAACGGCAACGUUUCGUCCCACUGGAGCUCACCCCCAACGCAUGCUCUGCACAAUAACGAGGUCUUCGUUCGCCCAGGAGCAGCCUGGAAACGGGUUACUGGACGUCCUCAGUCUGCCGGCACAACUGGGCAAGAGACGAUCGACGAAUGUCAGACAAUGCUGCAUCACUGUCGGGCAGACAUUGUAGCACUCUGGAACGACUCGAUAGUGCGACAUGUACUCCGGCGUCGGAAAGUCCGCAUAGAAGAUAGUCCAGGAUUUUAUCUCAACGACAUCGAUCGCGUAACCGCUGUUCAGUACUUCCCAUCAGAAGACGACGUUCUGAGGGCGCGACUGAAGACGGUCGGCGUUUCCGAAUACAGUUUCCACAUGGAAGCGGGUGACGAGAGGGGGACAGAGUGGCGAAUCAUCGACGUCGGCGGUUCUCGCUCCCAAGUCCCGACCUGGGUGCCGUUCUUCGAUGAUGCCAUCAUCUUUCUCGCUCCCAUAUCCGCCUUCGAUCAAGUGCUGGCAGAAGACAGGAGCGUGAACCGAUUGGAGGACAGCGUACUGCUCUGGAAGGAGCUCUGCUCGAAUAAGCUGCUCGCUAAAGUGGACCUGGUGCUCUUCCUGAACAAAUGCGACAUAUUGGAAUCCAAGCUGAAGUCCGGGGUUCGCCUUGCGAAGUAUGUGCGCAGUUUCGGCGAGCGCCCGAAUGACCCCGACGUAGCGCAGAAAUACUUCAAGAGCAAGUUCAGCGCCAUUCAUCGUGAACAUUCGCCGAUACCGCGGAAGUUCUACGGGUUCUGCACUUCAGUCACCGACUCGACCACAACUGGUGGCAUUAUUGCUGCAGUGAAGGACAUGGUGUUACGCGAGCAUUUGAGGGCCUCCAAGCUGCUUUGA